AUGAAGUUCCCCAUGUACACGGUGCUCCUCGGCGAAGUGUUCAAGAUGACGAUGGUAAAGCCUCAUGAAGAGUUGAUGGCUGCUGGCAGCUUAUCACAAUUUCAGGAUGACAUGGGACAAGCUCUAUUCGUCUCACACCAGUGGGUUUCGAAAUCCCAUCCAGACCCUGAAUUCAAACAGUUCCGGGUUCUGCAAGAAGCUCUGCGAAACAUCAUCUCAGGAGCGAGCCACAUAUCCACAGACAUGAUUACAGAGGCAGUGUUUGGACUUUCACGAGGAAUCACCGCAUCAAUGUUGCAAUCAAGCCCGCUGUACCUGUGGUACGACUACUUCUCUUGUCCUCAAAGCCCUGAUGACAAGAUUUGCGGGGAAAGCAGCCAGCAGCGAGCCAUCAGCAGUAUACCGGCAUACAUUUCCAAGUGUCAUUUCUUCAUGGCUCUAUGCCCCGUGGUUGACAGUCCAGAUGAAUCACAAGUUUUCAGUCAAUUUACAUGGGCUGGCAGAGGAUGGUGCCGAGUGGAGCAAGCCGUGCGUGAACUGUCGAGCCAUGGCGGCUUUUGGAUAUUGGUCAAGAGUGCCAAACAUCAGGAAAUUACUACACCCUUGACCAUUGAUUCCCCAGGUGGGGGUGAAGGCAACUUCACCGUGGAACAUGACCGUGCUGCAGUGGCCCCGGUGUUGAAGACAGUAUUAAAGGGCAAGCUGCUCACAUAUCUCGUUCAGGGCGACUUUGUCAACUAUCGAAUACUGCUUAAUCAGCAGAAUGCUCGCCUCAGGGGCCUUCCGACUGCCAGCAACGAUGAUCUGGUGCCGGGAUUCGAGGCUCCGAAGGCAGGAGAGGAGUCAGAGACGCAUUUGGCAAAGUUCUUGUAUCAGAAUGGCUUCCAGCACGCAUUGGAGCGCGAUCAAGCUGGAUGGUCAACACUUUGCUAUGCGGCAGUGCGAGGGGACCCUAUCUUGAUAGAAGCGCUGCUUGAGCGCCGAGCUGACCCUAACGACAAAAUCACCAGAGCCCAGCCUCAGCUGGGCAUCGACAAGGGCACCCCAGCCAUGAGGGUCCUGAUUGCAGCUGGGGCCAAGAUCAGUGUUGGUGGCGUUCUUCAGGCGGCUUUGAGUUGCGCAUGCUAUGUGGAUGAUGCAGAGGCGGUCCGUUACCUCUGCAAUUCUGGAGGAGAUCCCAAUGAAAAGAACACAUUUGGCGUUUCUGCCCUGCGCCAAGCAUGUGUGACAGGCUCCUUGCAGGCAAUGGCAGCGCUGCUUGAGCACAGCGACAGGGUGGAUUUGUCGUUGUCCUUGCAUUGGGUCGCCAUGGGGCAGGGAGGGUCUGCAAAAGCUAUCGAUCUCUUGAUCAAAGCUCAGGCGGAUGUGAAUGAGCAGUAUCGGCCGAGCAUGCUGAGCCCUUUUGGAAUGCUUUGGCGCAUCAAGGGCCUGCAGCAUAGACCAGGGGGACGGACAACCCUCUUGCGUAGCGUGGGCUAUCAUCAUUAUGAGGCCACCCCGCUGAUGAUUGCAAUCAUUUGUGGAAACUACGAAGCUGCGGCUGCCCUUGUGGUCAGGGGAGCGCGGCUGGACUUGCGCAACUCCAGAAACAAGACAGCAUCGGAUCUUGCACGUGAUUUGUCUUCACCAGACUACUUGAUGGCAGCUUUAGGUGGCCAGAUGGCAAAGUGCAAUUCCGUUGUUUCCCGUGCAGGGAUGUGA